UUUAUGAGCUUAAGGAGUUGCUUCCCGGCCUAACAGUUUCGUACACAAAUCGCUGCACUUGGGCCAAGUUGCGAACCUCGCCGCGAUGCCCGCUCAGGACCUCGCUGCACCUCAUUUGAAGUAUUAUAGGAGCAAUGCGUGGCAGGGGCGCUGCUGGCAUGCAUCAAGCCUGAGGAGCGGCGCUCAGACGUGCAUACGUGCCUGGGGUCCGCAUACACACAGCAUCGCGCCACAGCAGCCAUGCCCUUCGCCGCCACAUGCAAGCUCUGUCGCCUCCACAUCAUCUAGCUCCAUAAGCCGAAGAGGGGUGCUGCUGGCCCAGCUUGCAGCUGCGGGGCUUGUAGGCAUGCCGAGCCGUCAGGCGCAAGCCGCGUCGUUCGUCGAUGACGCUAUCUCGACUGCCGUGUACAACGCCAGCGCACCGUCCGUAGUGUCUAUAGCUAUUGUGAGAGCAAAGUCUGGCAUACCGACCCGCGAACCGAUCGGAUCCGGUAUCGUGUGGGAUACGGCUGGACCGCACGUCGUCACCAACUUCCACAUCAUCCCGCCUUUGAACAGCACCAACUCGCUGCUCGAGGUGACCGUGACCGACUUGGCCAGCGGCACUGUCCACACGCUGGGGGCGCGCGUGGCCGGCACGGACAGCAUUCAUGACCUGGCGGUGCUGCAGCUGCUGCCGCGCGCUGGCGACACAACAGCAGGAGCUGCAGAAGGCGAGCCAGGCGCGUCCGGUGCAGCUGCCGCAUGGGUGCCCGCGCUGGCGCCCAUCCGCCUGGGCACCUCCGCUGACCUGCGUGUUGGGCAGACGGUGUACGCCCUGGGCUGCCUGCCCUCAUCCUCCUCGUCGCCGCAGACGCCUGCGCUGACCACCACCAUGUCAGUGGGGCUGGUCAGCGGGCUGCAGAGGAGCAUUCCCUCGCCCGUUGGCGCCCGUAUCUACGGCGUGCUUCAGACGGACGCCGUCAUCAACGCCGCGAACUCGGGAGGGCCGCUUCUGGACUCGGCCGGCCGUCUGGUGGGAUUGAAUGCGGCAGUUGGGCGCAGCCAGACUGUGUCAGCACGCGGCAGCGGUGUGGGCUUUGCGCUGCCCGCUGACCUACUGUUCGACGUGGUGCCCAAAAUCAUUCUGUACGGCAACCCGUAUGGCAAAAAGUAAUAAGCCAGGUGGUGAUCAGGCUGUCGGGUUGUAGCAAGAAAUCAGGUUGCUGCUGACUGAUAACCUAAUGCAUGCCGCGGCUUCGUUGUCAAGCGGGUGAGGUGACGAGGUUUGGUGCGUCAUAUUAAUCAGUGCCGGUAUCGUUUGCAAAUAGAGGGGUCCCUGCAAACGCACCACUCAUAUGGCCAUGUGGUGGCGCAAUGCGCGCAGCUAGGGACCGUUGAAUUACUAACACGCCAACAGCGUGCCCAAGGAAUGCACGCGCCCGCGAUGGGUCUGACACGUGCACCCGAUGGCGCCCCUUACUUUCCUUCAACCUUUGCCGCCUGUAAACUUAGGGUGAGGCUGUACUGAUGCAGUGCUGCUGCUCUGGGACAGACGCAUGGCGGCAUGGGUUCCCCUGGACAGACGGGCUGUCACUGACCACUGAACUCGCUCCACAACGCCUGCGGCGGUCUGCCAGGACCCUCACAUUUUGAUACGGGCGUGGGAACUUGACGGCGUCUGCAUAACAAUCACACACGCAUUCUCAGCGCGUCACAAGCAGACCAGAUGUUUGGCCGUUAGACGAGUCCACAGCUUCCCGCCACGUUGGCUUGCCAUCCUGGAUGGCCACCUUGCGACCUGGGGUUUUCUGGCGUUGCAGUGUUUCUGUCGCCGGAUGCAAAACAACACACCAGCGUAUAAAUUAUCCAGUAGAUUACUUAACCAGCCAGGAAGCAAAUCACCGCAAGGCGCUGUGCUUUCCCAGGUUUCCCAGUUUUUUGGGCUGUGCGGCGAAGUUCUCUUUCCUUCAUUUCGCCUGUUUUGACAUCCAGCUUGACAAAGAACCAUUAUCAUUGACACAAGAGGUGGAUUUAGUUUAUUGAAUGAGCGGAUACACGCUCGCUCAGCCCUGAACAAACGACGGCCGACAUCGAUUCUGUGGGGUAACUGCCCGUCUCCGAUUCAAUCAAACGUAGACAUCAGACAUAAUUCCAUAUGCAUCAGUAUUGAAAGUCACCAGCCUCCUGCAAUUGCGUGAAUGCUGUAACGUUUGGGACGUCCGCUGCGAGCCUUACUUGUCCGAGCAUAUAUGUUAAUACGCACAGUUGCUCAAAGGUCCUGUAAAAAUUUCACUGAAGGCUUACUGGCCCAGCCGGACGUCACGGCAUGACGACUCACGGCGUGACGCUGAACUUGUGACGUUCGCAGUUCUGAUUCGGCAGUCUUGUAGGCAUUUGUUAACUCAUAAUCGUUUUAAAUCGCACCGGAUCUAUAGCGAGCUGGGUGCGGGCGACCAUCGCGCUCGAGCUGCAACUCGCCCGGGCACCUGCAAAGCUCGGCGAGCACCAUCAUUAAAUACUUCACA